AUGGACAAUAUUUUACCUCUUUGUGAGGCAUAUCCACCUGCACCUAAUUGGUACACCUCUUAUGCUGCAACAACAGUAGAGCCGCACUUCUACAUCUACGCAGCGCGCAACUCAAUCGUUGUACUAGACAUGCGCACCAUGCAAUUCAGACGUACUUUUCUGGCAUCACUUGAUAAGAUCCAAGCUGUUGCAGCCUAUGAACAAUUUUGUUUCACGGGUGGAGUUGAUCCUACAAUCCGUGCAUGGAAUAUACUCGAUGGAAAUUAUAUAACUAAAUAUAAUUCUCACAAUGUGGAAGUGACAGCUUUACUAUGCAUUCGAAAUGGAACAAUCUUGAUCUCGGGCGACAAGUCAGGCUGUAUAGUGGCUCAGGAAGCAUUUGGAUCCAUCGUCGUGAAGAAAAAGCAAGUGAAAGCGGAAGUACGAGCAUUAGCGCACACGAGCUUCCACGAUGAAGAUUAUAUUGCUGUUGGUUAUUCAAAUGGGAUGAUUCGUAUCGAAAAGCUUGAUGCCCAGCUCAAGUUGACUACAGUGUAUGAAAUGGUAGACCAGAUCAACGAUGUACAUUCACUUGCUUGGCAGUCACUUCCUUCACAGACAACCGAGAGUAAUCCACAGUGGCCACUCCUUGCUUCCAGCUUUCGCCAUCAAAAGCACGUAGAUUUGUGGAAUGUUCCUACCGAAUCCCAUUGCUCUAAAAUCAAUCUACCUUCUCCUGGUGGCCAGUGGUCCAGAAACCAAAAAGAUACAUCGUGGACUGAACUAUCUUGGUCUCCAAAUGAUAAAGAUUUGCUGUACAUGACAUCUCAGUCAGGUGCGAUUAUCUGCUUUAAUACAAAAGAACCUCGUAAGCCUGUAGAAGUCCCAAAAGGGGGCUUUGGGGACAAACACACCCGUGUAGUUUUCAGCAUGCUCUGGGCCUACGGCAAAUUGAGCCUAAAUCAUUUCCAGAUUAUCAAAUGGAACGUCAAAACACACGAAAGUGUAAAUUGCAUUAAGGGUCAUAAUGGAUACCCUUUCAGCAUCUCAAUUUCUCCGCUCACCCCAUACCAAGCAGUCAUUGGUCUCGGUGACAGUAAUAUAAAGAUCUGGACCUUCUCAGGCGAAGGAAAAUCGAUGAAAAAGCGCAAGAAGCAUGAUUUCUAUGAAUCCAAAAUCAUCUGGAAAGGUUUACAAGGUCAAAUCGAGCACGUUCUGUGGCACCCAAAGCGUCCUGAUCUACUGGCCUACAGCACUCAGUAUGGUCGAGUAGGUGUCUACGAUGCAAACGCCAACAAAAAUACCGUAUUCAAAACAUACCACAAGCAAGAGUACGGACCUAAUAUCUCAUGGGGGUCUUUGUCAAGCGGAACUGGCUCGGAGUAUGUGCUGGUAUCAUGUGGAGCAGAACACAUAAUUGCCUAUGAUCCCAUGGAGCCUGAAAAACAGCCAGUAUUUCUUGCACCUUUAUUAGAAAAUGCUAACCCUGCAUGGACACAGAGUAUAAAUGCCAAAGCAAAUGCAAAACGAUCUUGUAUGGCCAUCGACAGUACUGGAAAACUAAUCGCAUUUGGGUACACGGACGGUGUCGUUGACGUCUACCGGUUAGAUACUUUCAAGUUGGUUUUUGUAGCAAAUUGUCAUCGUCAUUGUGUACUCGCAAUUGCUUGGCAAAGCCCAACAAAAUUUGCAACUGGCUGUAGACAUGGCACAGUUGCAAUACACACUAUACCAUCAACUGGAUUGGAUAAUUUACCAGAUAUUCCUUUGGCCGAUUCCUCUGCAUCAUAUGUUCUAUCUGGUCACAAGAAAAAUAUUACUGCACUUGCUUGGAGUACACACAAAGACACACCUUUGCUUGCAUCUGUUUCUGUUGAUAUGAUAGCCUGCGUGUGGAAUGAGCAGUCGCAGAAACCAAUUGCAUGGUUUAGAGAGCAUCGUGGACGUAUAUUUUCUGUAUGCUGGAACAUACUUGAGCCUAAUGAAGUAUUUACCUGUGGAGACGACAGAUUUAUAUUCAAGUGGAAAUACACUGACCACCCAUUUUCUCCUAAACUUGAAACAGAACAAUCAUAUUACGAUAAAGAGAUUUCAAAGCUCAAGACACCCAAGCGAAAUAAAACCCAAGAACCAACAGAAAAUGGAAAUAGCAAAAACACUGCUUCUGCUGCCAAUGCUGCUGUUAUUGCCAAUUCCAAUGCUACUGCUUUUAUUGCUACAGCUAAUACUACCGCUAAAACCGAAUCAGUAGAAGGGGAGCCAAAACCAAAGAAACGAAAAACCAAAGGAUCUAGUUUGGCAUAUCUUGGUGGAAAAUUAGAAAACAUUAACCAUUCUACUCUCCAACGUUAUUGUCUAACUCUUGCGUCAAAAAUAUAUGGAGGAGAUCCAGCUGAGACCGUAAAAAAUGUCAAGAGUCAAUUGCCUUCCGAUCUUUUAAGUGAUCAAGUCGACAGUUAUGCCAAAUGGGUUCCAUUCGACGAUAAUACUGAAAACAGUAAAGCAUUCUUGCUGUUUGGUGGAAAAAACGAUGUGCGACUAUUGUUAGAAGAAGAAGACAAGCAAGCAUAUAUAAAAGAUUCCGAAAACCCUUCUACAAAUGACACACGACUCUGGCUGGGUACCACACGCGGAUGUGCUCAAAGCUUUGGGGAUAUUGGGAAUGAUUUUACCGACAACUCUAUUGCAGACUGGAUUGCACUCGCUCUUAGUCCAAUGAAUGGAAAAGAUGCGUGGAUCAAUUUGAUGGAAAAGAAGGCCAAAAAGCUUGCAGAAACCGACCAUCAUAUUUUAGCCGCGACCUGCUACAUUGCCUGUUCAAGGAUUUGUGAAGCGGUCGAGGUGUGCCGUAAAGGAUCAAAGUUCAGAGAAGCAAUUACUAUCGCCAAGGCCAGAAUGCCUCAGAAUGAAAAUGUUCUUAGUACCUUAUUUUCUGAAUGGGGUGGUGCGCUCCAAAAAUCAGAUGAAGAAAUACUUGCAGCUUUAUGUUUCCUGCAAUCUAAACGUCAGGGCUCAGUUGUAAACGCGAUCCAACUUUUGGCACGACGUAAUACGGAUGAAUGUCUUUUUUGGUCAGCCUGUCUGGCUUGGUUGACAAAAGACUCGACAGUGGAAGAAUGCAUCAAAAAGUGGGUAUCGUUAGUGAAGGAAAAGGAUGAGCAGAAAGACAAGGUGGCUUCCAAGAAAAAGGCCGAGGAGGCUGAUGUACCCAAGAUACCAGAAAACAUCAAAGACAGUACGAGUACAGCUUGCUCUUCAGAGGAACCUAUCAAUAUAGAGAAUGUGGUUGAUAUAGUGAUAGCUGAAUCGCACGUACAUAUGACUGCAGCUGGAGCUGAAGUAGAUGAAGAGGCUGCAACCAAGACUUCAGAAAAACCAAGUUAA